GCCCGUGGGCGGCGGGAGAGAGGGGUCGGGCCCCUCGGGGAGAGGAGCGCGGCGGCUCCCCCGGCGGAAGUGUCCUCUGCGCGGCGUCGCACCCGGAAGUGUCAUGCUGCCCGGCGCGGGGCGGUGCUGCGAGCCGGUCCAGCGGGCCGGGCAGUGGCGACGCGGCGUGCCAACAGGGAUGUGCAGAUGGAGGCCGGAGGAGGCGCCGCUGCCCCGGUGCCCGGGGACGCGGAGGACGUGGAGGACGCGCGCUGCCCCGACCCGGAGGACCCGCCGGAUCCGGAUCCGGGAGACGGGGGCCUGGGGCGCACAGCAUUUGAGACCGAAGACCAGCCAGCCCACCCAUCACCGCCACCGGAGUCCGAGGCUCCUCCCCACCCCUGUGACCUCUGGGACCCUGCGGCCCCCGAGACCAACACCCUGGAUGGCCCAGAGAGUGGCUCAGGCCUGGAUGGCCCGGACAGUGGCUCGGGCAGUCGGGAUGAGGACUUCAGUGGUGGCGACGACCCCAGUGACGAGGCCUGGCGCAACAAGCGGAAGCAUGUGUUCGUGCUGAGCGAGGCAGGCAAGCCCAUCUACUCCAGGUACGGGAGCGUGGAGGCGCUGUCGACCACCAUGGGCGUGAUGACGGCGCUCGUGUCCUUCGUGCAGAGCGCGGGAGAUGCCAUCCGUGCCAUCUAUGCCGAGGACCACAAGCUGGUGUUCCUGCAGCAGGGGCCCCUGCUGCUGGUGGCCGUGUCCAGGACGCCACAGUCGGCGGCCCAGCUGCGGGGGGAGCUGCUGGCCGUGCACGCGCAGAUCGUGAGCACGCUCACCCGCGCCAGCGUGGCCCGCAUUUUCGCGCACAAGCAGAACUACGACCUCCGGCGCCUGCUGACCGGCUCGGAGCGCACGCUGGACCGGCUCCUGGACAGCGUGGAGCACGACCCGGGGGCCCUGCUGCUGGGCGCCGUGCGGUGCGUGCCCCUGGCCCGCACCCUGCGCGACGCUCUGGGCACCCUGCUCCGGCGGUGCACGGCCCCGGGGCUGGCCCUGUCGCUGCUGGCGGUGGGCGGCCGCCUGGUGACCGCAGCCCAGGAGCGGAACGUGCUGGCCGAGUGCCGGCUGGACCCCGCCGACCUGCAGCUGCUGCUGGACUGGGUGGGCGCGCCGGCCUUCGCGGCGGGCGAGGCCUGGGCGCCCGUGUGCCUGCCCCGCUUCAACCCCGACGGCUUCUUCUACGCCUACGUGGCCCGCCUGGACGCCAUGCCCGUCUGCCUGCUGCUGCUGGGCACCGACCCCGAGGCCUUCCACGAGAUGGCCACCUGCCGGCGCCUGGUUGAGGACGGCAUGCACGCCCUGGGGGCCAUGCGCGCCCUGGCCGAGGCGGCCAGCGCCCCCGCAGCCCGUGUCCCCGCCUACAGUGUGCAGGCGGUGGGGGCCCCCGGCCUCCGGCACUUCCUCUAUAAACCACUGGACAUCCCAGACCACCACCGCCAGCUGCCCCAGUUCACCAGCCCCGAGCUCGAGGCCCCGUACAGCGGCGAGGAGGAGAGGCAGCGGCUGUCCGACCUCUACCACCGCCUGCACGCGCGCCUCCACAGCACCUCCCGGCCCCUGCGCCUCAUUUACCACGUGGCGGAGAAGGAGACGCUGCUGGCCUGGGUGACCUCCAAGUUUGAGCUCUAUACCUGCCUCAGCCCCCUGGUGACCAAGGCAGGGGCCAUCUUAGUAGUGACCAAACUUCUGCGCUGGGUGAAGAAAGAGGAGGACCGGCUCUUCAUUCGUUACCCACCCAAGUACUCCACACCCCCGGCCGCCCCAGCUGCCCCUGCGGACCAGGCUGCCCACAAUGGCUUAUUCACGGGACUCUAAGAGGCGGAGCUCCCGGAUGGGGUAGAGCUGAGCGCCACCCCUUUGGGGCCGUUCUCUUCGGGCCCUUCCUGGGGAGUGUGACUGGGAGGGGUGCUGGUGGUUAUCAGGCUGGAGGGAGAGCUGAGAUGGUGACAGCCGAGUCCACGCAGGUGAACGGGCUGCCUCCCCGGGCCUCCCAAAGACCUCAGCCUCUGGGGAGACCCUCAGGCCUCCCUGGGCCAGGCCUCCUGCCUCAGCUGCAUUUGGAUGAUGUUCCAGCUUCUGACAGGGUCUGCCUCUCCAGUCCCGGGCACCUCAGCACUUUGUCCUGCGUCAGGAGUCAGCCCCCUUGGCCUUGAUGGAAUCUCAGCAUGAAGUGUUCAGGGCAGGCUGAGGUGGCACUGGGUUUCUCGAUGUGAGGGUGCAGGACCAACCUGUGCCCAGAACCAACCAAGGGUAUAGUGUACCCGAAAGGCUGAAAGCCAAAUCUCAAGGACACUUCCUCUACCACUCAUGACCUUGACCCAGUCAGGGAUGACCGCCAUCAAUGCCGGUCGCUGCUAAUGUUACUGCAGAGGUGGCCCCCAGCAAUGCACCUGGCUUCCCCGUGGCCCAGAUACCACGUUUUGAACGUCGUAGAGCGCACGCUUAGCUUCUCAAGCUCUACUCAUCUACAUGGCGCUACUCAACCUCACCUUAGCUGUUACAGAGGAUGCGGGGCGGGUUGGGGCCACACCCAGCGAUGCUCAGGGUUCCUCCUGGCUGUGCUCAGGGGACCAUAUAGGGUGUUGGGGCUCGAACCCAGGUGGACCUUGUGCAAGGCAAGCCCCCUACCCACAGUCCAAGCCCCCUGCCGCUGUUCUAGAGCGUUUGUGAGCUGACCAGGGCCAGAACUCCGGGCCACCACUACACAGCACAUCUGCCCGAAAGCUGCAGAGCCUGUACAAGACGAGCAACCUGGAGAGGAAGGGCCCACCUCAGGGGUGUGUGUGUGCACAUGUAAGCACGCACACACAAUACUCGCUGCCCCUCCCCCCACCUCCAACUGACCAAGACCCUAAAUUGUGUCCUUGUUUUUUCAAAGCUGCUUUUGCAGGCUUUGGGGCAGCCCCACAAGCACUAAUUGUCCCCCCAGGGGCAGGGAAGCUGUGCACUUGCCCAGAACUGAGGCCUCGCCCCUCCCCCCCACCACGGCUGUGGACUGUUACUCCCAGCACCCCGCACGCAUGCGCACUGCCGAGGGGUCGGGUCCGCAUCCCCGCCAGCCCGUGCCCACGGCGCAUGUGCGGACCCCCUGCACUGCACAUAGCCCGGAAGAUGGAGCCUUUGGGAGUGGAGACCCCGGAAGUGGUGCAAGAGGCUGAAGGUAGUGAGACGCUAUGAGAGAUUCGAGCUCCCUAGGAUAAGGAAAUGUCCUUGAAACCACUUUAAAAAAAAAAGAAUCCAAUUGAAAGCCUCCAAAAAAAAAUUUACUGCUCCACCAAGUGGAGAUAACGUGUAUUCUUCUGGGUUAACUUUUGUAGAUUAACCAUCAGAUCCAUUGCCUGGGUCCUUCGCAGUAAAUAACAGAUUAAAUACUUGAGCAUGCCUUUCUCCAAAUUUGAAAAGGGGGCGGUGGGCGGGGGGAUGGAUGUUCUCAGAGACAUCUGCUGCCACCUUGCAGCAAACUAACCGCACUUGUUCAGUUUCUUCGAUCCACUCCCUGCCCACCCCACCCUGCGUGGACACCAAACUCCAGGGAGAAUGGCCACGUCUGCAGACGGCUGCUUUUCUCCAGGGAGUGGUGUUGAUAAAGACACCCCAAACCUCAGUGAGAGGGGUCAACUUGUUCUAGAAACAACUGGAAAGUGCAGUCUCCAAAUCAAUGAAAAUCUGCCAAGUCAGUGAUCCACCAUGCCACUGGCUUUCUUGCUUUCUUUUUUGUUUUUUUUCUCAGUAAUUGUAGGAAUUCUCCUAAUGUAACCAAAGUAUACAAAUUAGCUUGGAAAAAAAAAAGACCCAUCUAGCACUUGGUUCAUUUACUUACCAGCUUUGCCGUUUCAUUUAUUUCCAACCUUUCCUGUACAUUCUUGAAGCCCCUAAGUCAAUAAUGUAUAUUGAUUAGGUCUUUCAGGAUCUAGCUAUGCAGACAUGAACAAUUUUUCUUACAUGUUUGUUGGCCAAUAUAGGAAGAGAACUCCAUGAGGUUCCCCAGCACCUAAAAACGGUGCCUGCUGAGCAUAUAGGAUAUAUGCUGGGCUUAUGAAUUUUUUGUUUGUGAAUAAUGAAAUAACUCAGAGAAGAGCCACAUGUUAAGUGCCAACUUUUAACCAAGCACAGACAGAUGCAAAUAGAUCUCAUUUGUUAAGCGUUAUUUUUGUAACGUCCACUGCUUAAAAAAAAAAAAAACUUUCAGAUCCCCCAAACUGAAGUUGUGAUGAACUUUAUUAGCAAUGACGAAAAAUAAAGAAAAUAUAACCAUUUCUAAUCUAACAAAAUUGGCUUUCUAGAAGGAAUAAUACCUGGUAUUAAUCACUGUGGAGGAAGUCUAUUAGAGGUGGUUUGGCAGGAUAUUUUUAAGAUACGUGUUCUUUCGCAUCUUCCAUCACCAUGCUAGGUAAAUGUAGAAUACACGGGCAUGUGGACCAGGAAGAUCAGUAAGUGGGUAAUGAAGGCAAAACCCCAAAAAUAAGAAAAUGACUAUAUUAAGGUAUACCCAGAUAUGAUGUGCAAUGCCAGAAUGUGGUAGGUGUAUUUUUUAAAGGGGGAAAAAAAUAAAAGUAAAUGGUAUAAAGUUGUAAAGUUAUAGAGUUGUAAACCAGAGGAAAUUUUGGGUAAUAUAUUAACAUUGGAUCAAUAUUAACCUCCCAAUUUGGGGCUAAACUGUGAUCUGUUAGUGUUCCCUGGAAUAUAGGGAAUAAGAACUGCAAUAUUAAGGAUGACGAAUCAGGAUACCUGCAGUUACUGUGCAGAAAUGCUCACAAAUGGGAAAUUUGAUAACAGGGCAAAUAGCACGGUGGUUUAUGUCUACAGCUUUUAUGUAUAUCUGAUGUUAUUUCCCAAUAAAAAAGUUUUUUUUA